ACUCGGGAGACUCGGAACCCACGGAUUGCAGUGCAAGACUACAAGGCGAUGGCUACUUGGAAACAGUUGGGUUACAGCUCUUUGGCUGAUUAUGUGCGUGACCAGAAAGCUGGCAACUUACCAACGGAACCUCGGAAGGUGAAGACAAACUUGCUCGUCAAAGAACCAACCAAGAAACCUGGAAUAAAUGAAUCAGAGAAAGAAAUUCUUUUAAGGCAGAAGGAGGAAGCGGAGCGAAAGAGAAAAGAGGAAGAAGAGAGGAAACGGAAAGAAGACGAGGAGAGGAAAAGGAGAGAGGACGAGGAACGCCGCAAGAAAGAGGAAGAGGAGAGGCGGAGGAGAGAUGAGGACGAUCGCCGCAGGAGAAUCGAGGAAGAUAAAAAAUGGGAAGAAGAAAGGAAGAGAAGAGAUGAAGAGGACAGAAAGAGGAGGGAAGCUGAAGAAAGAGGUGGCGUGAACAAUCGGAGAGGUGGGAAAGAGAACUGGAAGAGAGGCGAAAGAGAGAUGAGGAAGAGAGGAAAAGGAGGCAAUUGGCUCAAGAGGAAGAAGAAGUCUAGACGACGUAAAGAGGAAGAGGAGAGGCGCCGAAGAAGAAAAGAAGAAGAAGAAGAAUGGCGUAAGGAGGCAGAAGAAAGGAGGAAGAGAAGGCAAAAAGAAGAGGAAGAGUGGGCAAAGGCAGAAGAAUUGCGGAAGAAAAGAGAGAAAGAAGACGAGGAGAAGCGCUUAAAGGAGGAAAAAGAAAGGAGAAAGAGAAAACAAGGAGAGAAUGAAGAAGAUUAUGAACGUAGAAUGAAAGAAGAAGACAAACGUAAAAGGGAGGAGGAUAAAAAGCUUCAGGAAGAAAAAGAAAAGGACAGGCGGAAAAGAGAAUCGGAGGAGAAAGCUAGGAAAGACAGGAUAAGAAAAGAGGAUGAAGAAUUUCAGAACUUGGGAAAAGAGAUAAAAAAACCUGACGAUGAAAACGACGGAGCGGAAAAGAAAGGAGGGAAAAAGGAGGGAAUAGUAAAGAAAGGUGGGGAAAAGGACGAUAAUGAAAAAGAAAAUUAUGUUGAUGCCGAAGAUGAUGAUAAAAAGGAAAAUGAUGAUCCAAACCAAAACAAGCGACCAGCAAGCGUCAAAGUGUUGGCGCCAAGCAUCAAAGACAAGAGCCCGAAGCCAAAGGAACCAAAGAAGACUUAUCCGUCCAUGAUGGCAGACGUCGAAGAAACGGAGGGCUACAAGAAUUUCCUUGGUUGGCUUUUUAAUGGAAAAAAAGAUGAUUUUGGAAAAUGCAGAAAUAUUCUAUUUGAUGACUAAACUGCGGGAUUCUUGAUUUCAGCCAUUUUAUCACGGAGCAACGAUGAUGACAAGAUCGCGCACUGCACUCUGUACCUACGUAGCAUUGGCGCGGCAAAUGGGCAGAUGGAAGCCUUAGAAUUAAGAUGAUCAUGGUCAUCUGGAUAGUAGCAAGACUAAAUAAGUAACUAAUUAAAAACAAUCAAACUGGAGAGCAAUACACACAGCACACAGGGAAGAACGUGCCAUCAUCUCGAAGUCUCUAACCUGAUCGGCUUAGCUUAGACAUCUAAAACUGCGUAGUGAGACACAGCAAAAGAAUGGGCGUUAAAAUUUGACUGACAUACCAGACGUCCGUACACAUAUCAACAGCGUCCCUAUUGGAAUUAGAUUCACAGUGCGUGAUUUCAGCCAAUUUGGUUGAAUUAAUAAGGUGCUCAUGAUGCGGUCAUUGUCUUGAAUAAAUUCAUUGCACCUAGUUGCAUCAAGCAAAUCAUAGGAGUCUUUGAUACAUGGAAUGCUUAGUCUAAGCAGUCGAUCUUAAAAUUUGAUUUAGGCACGAUUCUUAAUGAUGAGAAUAUAAUUGAGGUAAUUGUGCUAUUUUUAUAAUUAAUAGCCACAUGGAAAUAACUAGGUACAGCAUAUCAUUUAGUAAUUAGUUUGAUAUAUCUACAAAUACUAUCCUGCAAUUUAAGGAUUAUUUUUUAGUUGUUUAAUAAUUUAUUUCAUUAAUAUCUGUUUUUUGCUGUCUUAGCUUCCGUCUAUCUGUCAAAAAAAAAAACCUAAAUGGUGCAAUCUUUUGAGAUCCAUGCUAUUUUCAUUGGUAGAAGUCAGCGGCAUCUGAAUGCAUGUAUUACUUGCAGUAUCUCCGUAUUGCAAAAUUGUUUCAUAUUCAGAGUGCAAUGUAGUGGUUGCGACUUUUAGGAAGUCUUAUGAACAGUUUUCAGGGUUCUUUACUGUAUUACCAUCCGAAUCAGAGACAUGUAAAGGACCUGUUGAGUUUGAAAAAUGAAAUAAUUAAAUGUGCAGAAUAAACAAAAAUUCUGUUUAUCUUUUUCUGAUGUAUUGCCUUGUCACCAAAAUAGCAAUGUGUGAUUAAACCAUGAGAUUUCAUGUAUGACGGGAAUAAAGAAAAACUACGUCCUUUGCAUAAUCUUAUGGGCUGUUAUGUAAAUACACAAUUACACCUAGACUACCUAGUAACAUAAUCGUCGCAGGCGAAGAAUGUAUAUAAGCAGCAUCCAAAUUUAUGGGGUCCAAGAGUGAAGCUUUAUAAUCCCUUCCUGAUAUCAGUACCUUGGAGGCUGUUGGAAACUCACACAAUAAAGUAUCAGAUUUAAGUGUAACUGAUAUCCCAUCUAUUAACAUUUCCUGCUAAUUAGGUGAGAAAUUAAGCUUGCACCAGGAUUUGUCCGUAUGUAGGAAGGCUCUCUCAAGAACACUUGAACAGAUCGAUUCAUUAGGAGGUUACAUUCUCAAGCAGGAUCUUUGGAUUUCUUUUUGCUUUAUGGCUGGCAACAUACUUGUGGUAUUCUUUUCCUUUGAUAAACAUGCUGUCCAUCUGAAACAAUUUCAAAUCAAUUUGCACGUUUUGAUUUAUUGACAAUGCUUUCAAUUUGCAAGAUUGAUACUAUUUAUAUUUUAUAGUUUCUUAUCCACAUAUAAUAAAGGUUCAUUGUUUUUCCAGUUGAUAAUCCAUCUAUAAUAAACUUUUUUCAUUUUGCAAGCUUUCAGAGUUUUUGUCCAUCUGCAAUAUAUGAUGUCAGUUUGCCUCUUUAUGGUAUUUUCUUUUUGUUUUGCAAGUUUGAUAUCCAUCUGUAUUAAACCUAUUCCAAGUUUAUUGUGUAUCUAUUUUAGCUCCUUUCAAGGUGUAAGUUUGUUGUCACUGAACAAUAAAGUAUUUUAAUUACAAAUUUAUUAUGUUCAUCGGCUAUAAACUAUUCUAAUUUGGCCCGUUUGUUAUCAAUCUAAGAUAUUUUUUUUCAUUUAAAGUAUACUGACCUCUACAUUAAAUUCUUUUUAUUUUGCUAGUUUGUUUACCAUGUAUAGGAAAUUCGUUUAAUUAAACAUUUUUUGUCGCAUUAAAUUAUUUUAAUUUAGCAAGUUUCUUUACCGUUUAUGACAAAUUCUUUCGGUUUGCACGUUUCUUGUCAGUCUGUAUGAAUUGUUUGUUGUCCAUUUAUAAGAAGUUUUGUUUCUCAGUUAAGUUUAUUGACCAUGAAUGAUAAAAUAUUCUCAUAUUGUAGGAUAGUUUGCCUUGAGCUAUAAAUUCUUUUAUACAGUACUACAAAGUCACUGAUUUACCUUUGAGAGGUCUGUAGCAGACCUGUCAUUGCUCUAGUUAACCUCCUUGUUUUCAAGGAAAGUUAAUCAUCUUAAACGGCCAUUAGAGCGAUUGACUGCCUACGUCUUGUUACUUUCUAUAAAGCGAUGGCAUUUUAUAGUUCAUUAGGGUUAUUCGUGAAAUAACCUUCAUGGAACUUCCUAUAAAUGCAUGGAUAUUAAUAUUUACAUUAGUGUGCGUAAAAUGAACGUACUGAAAUCCAUAUCACAGACGCAACUCAAAGAAGACGCGUGCGCACGCACACACACGCGCGCAGAUAUGGCCUGAAUAUAAAUUUUGUGCAAACAUUACUCAGCCUUCCUUUCUUAAGCCUUUUACAUAAUUCUUUGGAACGUCAAAGGAAAUAAAUGAUGAUGGUACUUUUAUUUCGCUUCUUGAUAGUCUCACAAGAUCUCUUGGCUUUUCCAUGUUGUUUUACGAAAUUAGCGUUCAAAUACUUAUUCAUAGUAAGAUUCAAGAUCUUUAGGAAAAUCCAUCUCUGGAGAAUGGUCUUUGCAAAGUAUAUUACAAAUCGUAGUGAUAUACUGUAGGUGGAAAUCCAGCUCUUGGCAAUACAAAACUGACAAAAUGAGACUUCAUUUUCUUCCAAACGCAGCUUUACUCACUUUAUUGACAGAAAACUCAUUAUAUCUUGAGAACCAAGUCGUCGGUUUUUGUAAUAUUUAGAUUAUA